ACCUUACUUCCGUAGACAAAGAGAGAAGCGGAAGUUGUCCGCGGCGCCUUUCUUCAAAACAAAUGCGUAUGAGGUUCUGAAAUACAUCUUUCGCCACGAUGCCCCUGUCAACGCAGUCGCAAGCCGACGAUGAACAAUACGUUUUAGUGGCCAGUUUGGACAAUGCUCGCAAUCUGUCCAACAUCCUGAAAGCAAUCGCAUUCAAAGACCAUGCCAUCUUCAGCGCCACACCCAACGGCCUGAAGGUCACUGUGGAGGACUCCAAAUGUCUGCAGGCCAACGCCUUCAUCCAGGCGGAGAUCUUCCAAGAGUUCACCAUACGGGAAGACUCGGUGGGUUUCCAGGUCAACCUCACAGUUCUGCUGGACUGCCUUAAUAUCUUUGGAGGAAGCACAGCACCUGGUGUGUCAACAGCCUUGCGGAUGUGCUACAAGGGGUACGGUUACCCCCUCACCCUGUUCCUGGAGGAGGGUGGGGUAGUGACUGUGUGCAAGAUCAACACACAAGAACCAGAGGAGCCAGUUGACUUUGAGUUCUGCAGCACCAAUGUAACAAACAAGGUGAUCCUGCAGUCAGAGAGUCUGAAGGAAGCCUUCUCUGAGCUGGACAUGACCAGUGAGGUGCUACAGAUCACCAUGUCCCCCAGCCAGCCAUACUUUAGAUUGUCUACUUUUGGGAACUCUGGAAAUGCCCAUUAUGAUUAUCCCAAAGACUCUGACAUGAUGGAGCUGUUCCGAUGCGACAAGACACAAACAAACAGGUACAAGAUGUCCCUUCUGAAGCCGUCCACCAAAGCCCUGGCGUUGUCCUGUAAAGUCUCCGUGAGGACAGACAGCAGGGGCUUCCUGUCUCUGCAGUACCUGGUCAGGAACGACGACGGACAGAUCUGCUUUGUGGAAUACUUUUGUUGUCCCGAUGAGGAGGUGGAGGAGUGAUGAGUCUGUUGAAAUAACUUCAGGGGCAGCCAUUCGCUUUGAAUGAGUGGGCAAAGUCUGCCAGCGGUGGCAGUGCAGCCAGAUGGGUGCACACAGGUAAUACAUGCUGAACUUAUGGGCAAGGUUUCAUUGUUUCAACAGAACCACGUUCAGCAUUUGCCAACAGUUUGAGUGGAGUGUUGCCACUGGAUUAGUGGAAAGACAGUCACCUACUUGGUGUGUACUUGGACCAUAAUAACAAGUACAGAAUGCCAUAGACACUGUAUAUAUUGGAUUAUUAUGCGUUCACGGAGUCCCAGGUGUUUUGGGUCAGAAAACAAUUCCCUAUCAUUUCACAGUUGUUGAGUGUUGUGUAGUUGAGACUAUGAUUGGUCCAAAUUUAUUUCUGCCUUUUGUCCCUUUACACAUGCAGCGAGCUGGUUGACGGCCCAUAAAAUAUUGAAGACAUGGUCGUUUUGCUCAAGGUGUCUAGUUUGUGUACAGUAGGACUGCACUCCACAGGCCUUCAACUUCUAUGCACUGUUAUACAUGUCCUUCAUUUUGUAUGUGUAUGCUGACACCUUUGACCACCAGUUGCUGGAAGUACUCACAAGAUGAUGCAGAACGUUUACAUUGUUUUAUUUGUUAUUGAAAACUGGACACCCCAAAUCAAUAAACAUAUUUUUUUUACAUAGAUGGAA